AUGCCGAAUUACGACACCAUAUCUGAUGGCCGAGCCAACGAAGAGUCUAGCUCGACCUCCGCCGAUAUGACGAGACAUCGAAGAACGCGAGGUCACCACCAGAAGGAUGGCCAUCAUGGCCAGGCCAGCAUGGUUAGCAGUGUCAUCAACCUACUCAACACAAUCGUCGGCGCUGGCACUCUAGCGAUGCCCGCUGCCCUUUCGCAUUUUGGAAUCAUUCCCGGAGUAAUUGUCAUAUUGUGGUCGGCAUUCACUUCUGCCUUUGGCCUCUAUCUGCAGUCACGAUGCGCACGAUAUCUCGACCGCGGCUCGUCGUCCUUCUUCGCCCUAUCGCAGCUCACAUACCCGAAUGCUGCUGUGAUAUUCGACGCCGCCAUUGCCAUAAAAUGCUUUGGUGUGGGCGUGUCCUACAUGAUUAUUAUCGGCGAUUUGAUGCCUGGAGUAGCUCUCGGUUUCGACAGUCGGGCUCAAGGUGUGCCGUUCUUGAUGGAUCGCAACUUUUGGAUUACUGCAUUCAUGCUGGCCAUCAUUCCUUUGUGCUUUCUCAAGAGACUGGAUAGCUUGAAGUACACAAGUCUGAUCGCUCUCGUUUCGAUUGGAUAUCUGAUCAUCUUGGUGGUCUACCAUUUUGCUGCCGACGUCAUCCCGAAUCGGGCGCCGGUCAGAGUCAUUACUUGGGACGGGCCAAUAUCUGCACUCAGCAACUUGCCUGUGGUUGUGUUCGCAUACACCUGUCACCAAAACAUGUUCUCCAUUCUAAACGAAAUCAAGGAAAACACACCAAAAAGUAUUAUUGGCGUUAUUGGCUCUAGCAUCGGCUCAGCAGCCAGUAUCUACAUUUUGGUUGCCAUCACCGGAUACUUGACGUUUGGUGACGAUAUCAAGGGCAACAUUGUUUCCAUGUAUCCUCCAUCGGUGGCAUCAACCAUUGCCAAAGCCGCAAUUGUCGUUCUUGUACUCUUUUCGAUCCCUCUGCAGGUCCAUCCCUGUCGCGCUUCAAUCGAUGCGGUUCUGAGGUGGCGUCCAAACUCGGCUUCACGGCAGUCUCAAAGCCGCACAAACUCCCCUGGGGGACGGCCACUUCUUCCAACCGCACAGGCACGGUCUGACCAUGGCCCAGCGGCACCCAUGUCAGACCUUCGGUUCGCACUAUUGUCAACGGUGAUUUUGGUUCUGAGUUAUGUGACAGCUUUGACUGUUGUGAGCUUGGAACGCGUUCUUGCUUACGUUGGAAGCACUGGAAGUACCAGCAUUAGCUUCAUUCUCCCUGGCUUGUUCUACUACAAGAUCUCUGAUCCAAACUCCACCCAUCAUCAGCGUUUGGCCAAGACCGACGAUGAUGCAGAUUCACCCGUCGGGUCAGACGAAUCCGACGAUGAGGAGGCUGCCGAAGCAAUGGCCCGAAGUGUCGGCAGUGUACGAAGUGUGGCAAGUGGACGGAGCAAUACCAAGAGUUCAUGGCGCUGGCGCAGGAAGUGGAGAUGGGACUUGGAGCACAUCAACCCAGUGCAUCUCAGGCGCGCGUCUUUGGCUUUGGCAAUCUAUGGAGGUUGCGUGAUGACCACAUGCCUGAUACUGAACAUGUUUGUCAGUGUCGCUCACUAA